GGGGGAACAGGACUGGCGAGCUAUGCAUGCAUGUCUUGGCCUGCGUAUCUAUCUCUAUCUUUACGCAGGUACCUACUCCAUAGAGAGGGAGACAGCAUCUCGCCGCAAUGCGACUAGGUCUGGAGUCAGGCAAUACCCCUCAUCGUAAUUGGCGCCGCCUCAUCUCGCUAAUUCUCGUCAUCAUGCUCGUCACCAUGGGGGCAAUGCGUGGCUUCGGCAUCAGCUCGCUUGUCACGCUUCCGUUCAUAUUGCCUGCCGCGGCUUUAGCUCGUGAAAAUGGCCCUUAUAAUAAUUCGCCGGGCCUUCCCAUGGUCAUAAACACGUGGGGUGGUCCGUUCACGGCCGGCACCGAAGCCGCAUAUCUGUCUCUGCUGAAGACGGAGACAUCGGCACUAGACGCCGUCGAGCUUGGGUGCAGCACGUGCGAGGCAAACCAAUGCGAUGGCAGCGUCGGCUACGGCGGCUCGCCCGACGAGAACUGCGAGACAACCCUAGAUGCCAUGAUCAUGGACGGCACCACGAUGAAAUCCGGCAGCGUAGCAGCUCUGCGACGCAUCAAGAACGCCAUCGGCGUCGCGCGCGCAGUGCUAGAGCACACGACGCACACGAUGCUCGCGGGGGAUUUCGCGACCGACUUCGCCAUCAGCAACGGGUUCGCAGCGGAGAAUCUCACGACCCUCGAUUCCGCCGCGUCCUGUGCCGAGUGGAAGGCCGGUGGCUGCCAGCCGAACUACCGCAUCAAUGUGAUGCCUGACCCGUCGUCGUCAUGCGGGCCGUACUCUCCGCUCCCGCUGAACUCAAGUGCGGAAGGCUAUGCUUCGCAGCUUCGGGGCCGGGAUAGUCCCGAGGGACAUGAUACUAUCUCUAUGAUUGCCUUGCAUAGUUCUGGGAUUAUGGCCGCGGGCACCUCGACGAAUGGCGCUGGCCGCAAGAUCCCUGGUCGCGUGGGUGAUGGACCGAUCACGGGGAGUGGGUCGUAUGUCGAUGGUGAUGUGGGUGGAUGUGGUGCGACUGGCGAUGGAGACAUCAUGAUGCGCUUCCUGCCAUGCUAUCAAGCCGUAGAAAACCUGAGAUUGGGCAUGGACCCGAAGACUGCGGCCGAGGAUGCCGUCAGACGGAUGAUCAAGAAGUAUCCGGCCGUGCAGAGCGGGAUAGUGGUCGUCGACAAGGAUGGUAAUCACGGCGGCGCGGGCUCGGGCUGGACCUUUACGUACGCGUAUCGUGGCGGGACGAUGAAUGAGACUGUUGUUGUUCCUGUGGCUCCUCUUGAUAGUACUUCGGAACUCUGAGCGCUCUCGGCGCUUGUGCCAGGCAGUACAUUGUUCUUGAAUGAAAAUACUCCCUAUCAAUGAAAGCUGGUCUAGAAACGUGAUUUCGCGUCCUCAGAGUCCUCUAGGUAGGUGAAGCGGAUGCAAGUGAUACGGUAAAGCAGUGGGAUGAUAUUUUGCAGUAUUUCGUG